AGAGCUUUUUAUAAUGUAUAUGAAUAUCAAUGUUAAAAAAACAUUUUUUCCAAUAGUUCCAAAAGUUGUUUGUUUUUUGAAGUGUCCUAUUUGUCUAGGGUACUAAUAUAAAUCGGCAUUGGUUUGGAGCGAGUGGGUCACAUGACAUAGAAACAUUAAUAGAAAUGUUUUUUUGUUGCUUCCGUAAUCAACAAAACAUAUAAUUGGACUCAAAUUCUCCUCCAGUUUCACUUCAUUCUUGUCAUUUCAACUUUUUUUUCCCCCUCAACAUUUUGAUCUUAUUCCCCACAUGCAAAAUGGGGGAAACAAUCUUACUCAUCUCUUCUUUUCUUUAUAUGUAUAUAUAAAUAAACAAAUACACUGUCACUUCAGUUGCCUCAAGGCAGUGGGGAAGUCCUCCAGAAGGUCACAGAAAACCUGUGCCUUCUUCCCUUCGAUCAGCCCUGAAGAUUUGAAGUGCAACCCAAAUUCGUUCAGGGAUACACAACAAAGUCUAGGGGCCUCAGACUAGGUGACGUUUAAACGCACAUGUGGGACUAAAGGGAUGAGAACCUCCGUCAGGUAGACGCCCUCUCGGUGAGGAGGAAGCGGAGGAAGGGCCAGCAGCUCUCCGAGCCCCCUGCUGUUCCCUCCUCGGCGUCUUGCCGUAAACUGGAAGCAAACGUCUGAACUCCAUCUGCGGCUGCACCAUGGCUCGACCAUGCGAACUCCGCAGACGUGUAACGCCCGGGAAAUAAGCACGUCCGAGCACGCGCCGAUCCAGCGAACCGAGGCAAGUUUGUCCGAGGGAACGGCUCUGAAUGUUCGACGGACGCGACGCUUUCCUUUAAAAAAAAAUAAAAAUAAAAAUGGACUAGCUGACGUCAGACACGCCAGGUUUGAAAAUGACCUCGCUAGCUAACUGUCGUUAGCGAACUUUCGACGCAACAUCGCCGGCUUAUUUCUGAGAAACUAGUAAGGCACAUUUAACGACGACGACGACGACAUCAUUCGUGACGUCGUUCCCAUCAUGUCGAGCUCGCUGGCGCGUCGUGGUUCAAUGACCCCGUGUGACCAGUCGCACUAACAGCUGACCGACCUGCCGGUGACCGUCUGCAGGCGAGGUGCGCCUCCCGUCGCCGCUGCCAUGGAGGUGGGCAGCCUCCCCGUGGAGCUGUGGAGGGUCAUCCUCGCAUACCUGCCGCUCGCGGACCUGGGUCGCUGCUGCCAGGUGUGCCGCGCCUGGCGGGAGCUCGUCCUCUCCCUGGACAACACCCGCUGGAGGCAGCUGUGCCUGCGCUGCCCCGAGUGCCGUCACCCCAACUGGCCCAGUCAGCCCCACACGGAGCCCCCGUCCUGGAGGGAGGCCCUGAAGCAGCACGCCCUGGCCAGCCGCACCUGGGCUCAGAACGGGCCGGAGCUCCAGUCUUCGGCCUGCCUCCUCUUCUUCCGACGUCGCAAAGACCGCAGGGUUUGGCACGUUGGGCCCGGGUGCGAGUUCGAAACCCUACGCGGGGCCCUCGCGGUGGCGGGCCCAUACGACCGCGUGGUGCUCCAUCCAGGGGUGUACGAGGAGCAGGCUGAGUUGGCGCUGAAGGUGCCCGUGGAGUUGGUUGGGCUGGGCCGAUUGGGCGAGGUGGCCCUCCUGGUGUGUAUUGAGCAGCAGUGCCCCACGGCCCGGCUGUGCAAUCUGGUGUUCAUGCCACCUUGGUUCUCCACCGUCGUUUACAAGACAUCUUGGGGUCAUGUCCAGCUAGAUAACUGCAACUUCGAGGGGGCUCAGUUGCAAAUCCGCGGCCCAGGGACCUGCCAGGCUCGCUUCUGUUCCUUCUCACAGGGCAGCUCUGCCCACUUGCUGGGCGUUGUGCUCAGUUUGUUGGACAGCUGCGACUUCUCAGGAAGUGACACAGCUUCAGUGAGUGUGGAAGGUCCUCCAGUGUCGGAGAGGAACUGGGCGUGUAAACACUUGGCUGCUCUGGCCAGGACGUUCCCGUCUUGCGGCAUGUCCGGGAAUAGCUCACCGAGAGGCCCUCCGGCUGGCUCCGCUGGUGGGCCUCAACCUGCAAGGAAUAAUGUCAAAAAGGAGUAUGUGAGCAUAGAGGACUGGCAGAGGAGUACUGGGGUAGAUGUCGUGUGUCAAGGCACGGUGAUUGAAGAUGACUGGAGUGAUGGUGACCACAGCGAGGGAGAGGAGGAAAGCCGAGAUGGGGAAAAAACCAACAACACAAAAAAAAAAACAAUUACAUUGGAUUAUAAAAUCACAUGUGACAAUCAUGGCCUAUCCCAUUUGCUCAAGCCCCAUGCAGAUGGCUCUCUGCCACUGGCCUCCUCUCCGGACCCCCUACCUGUGACCCCUGAACCCCUCAAUCUUCAGCAGGAACUAGACAGGGACCCAGAGGCCCAGAUGUUGGCAGCGUCCACCCUCGGCUGCAUUCUCAAACGCUGCCUCUUCAGGGAAGGGAAGGGUGGCGUGCAUUUGUCCAACUAUGGACAAGCUCGGCUGGAAGGCAAUGUUUUCCGUGGGCUGAACUAUGCUGUCCGCUGCAUCCAGAACUCAACAAUAGUGAUGCUGAGAAACGAGGUAUGCGAGUGCCGUGCAUCAGGCGUGUUCCUUCGUCUCUCGGCUCAGGGCCUCAUCGCCGAAAACAACAUCCACUCAAAUGGAGAGGCAGGGCUGGACAUCCGAAAAGGGGCGAACCCCAUAAUUUUGUGCAACAAAAUACAUAGUGGUUUGCGUUCUGGGGUUGUUGUCCUUGGCAAGGGAAAAGGUUCAAUUCGGAGCAAUCAGAUCUAUAACAACAAGGAAGCAGGCGUGUAUAUUCUCUUCAGCGGAAAUCCUGUAGUCAGUGGGAAUCACAUCUUUCAGGGCCAGGCCGCCGGGAUUGCUAUAAAUGAGAAUGGCAGGGGGAUAAUAAAAGAGAAUGUGAUCAAAGAAAACCAGUGGGGGGGUGUGGACAUCCGAAGAGGAGGUGACCCCAUCUUGAGGAACAACUACAUCUGUUAUGGCUUCUCAGAUGGCGUGGUAGUGGGAGAGAGGGGACGCGGACUCAUUGAGGGAAACCAUGUCUACUGUAACAAAGGCUGUGGUGUGUGGGUUAUGUCGUCCAGCCUCCCGCAACUCCUGGGAAACUACAUCACUCAUAACUGCAUGUAUGGGCUGGCAGUGUUCUGCAGGAAAGACCCGGAGAACCUUGACGGCAGGGAGGGGAACUGGCCAGGGCAGGAAGGGAUGGGUGGAGAAGGAGGGAGCGGGGAAAGGAGAGGAGUAGAAGGAGAGGGAAGAGAAGGGCAGGAGAACCUCAACGAAGAGGGGGAAUUGUUUGCGUGGGAGAGUGAUCUGGACAGUGAGGAUGAGCGUCACUCUGCCCGUCGCUCCAUCAGUGUGGCCCUUGUGGAGGGCAACUGCAUGAGCCACAAUGGAGCGGUUGGCCUGUAUGUGAAGAGCAGUGAGCCCCUGAAUGUUUUUGCGAACCUUGUAAACAAUAACCGUGGCACUGGAGUCGCUGUGCUGCAGAGCGGUCAGCUGACCCGACUGGUUACAAACUGUAUUCUCGAAAAUGGCCGUGCUGGUGUUACAGUGGAGAAAGACUGUCGGGUGGAACUCCGCGGUAACGGCAUCUAUGAAAACAAUGGCCACGGUGUCAGUUUCAGUGGCAACGGGCAGAUUGUGGAGAACGACGUGGUCGGAAACCGUGGAUAUGGGAUCCAGGUGUCGGGCAGUGCUGACAUCAAGGUUCUGCGAAACCGUGUUCAACCAGCACAGGCCUGUGGCAUUGCUGUGGUAGGACCAGUAAAAGGUGUUGUCCAUGACAAUCUCUUGUUCCAGGGCCAUCCUGGCAACAAAAAAACACUCCUACAAAUGGAUCCUGGCAAUGAGAGCUGUGUAUUGCGCAACAACAGUAUUCUAAGGCAUAAUAACAGCUGUACAUCUGAUCCUCCCUGGGUUUUGGAAAACCCUCCUCCUCGUCCACUGGCCAGCUCCCCCUCUGGCCUCUCCUCAUCCCAGUAUCCUUCCCGACUUGGAAUUUCCAUGACAACCAGGAUCAGCGCCACCGUGGAGAGUGGUUGCCACAGUGGAAGCAUGUUCUGCUCCAUCCUUUGAAUACUGGCAAGCGCUCACUGUUGAGUAUAUGAAUGACUUUACUAAGACAUCACUAAUGGUCAGUUUGAACUGGUGUGUUACUAUAUAUUUGGAGCACUCUAAUCUUCCUCAGGAAAGACCCUCCAAAAUGAUGCUCUAUUGUUGAGGUGGGGUAACCACAAGGAAGUAAGAGGCUGCACCACACAUAACCACUUAGGGACCAUCUACCUAGGGUGGCACCACAUUUUGUACAUCUGAAACAAGACUUUUGUAACUUCACGACAAAGUUACAUAAGUACAAGACUUUCAAGCAUUGUCACCACCCUAUAUCUUUUAACAACCAUUUGCAUACUAAAGCUUUAACUUGUUCCGUGUUCUCUUUAUCAGGCAGAUUUCAUAUUCAUGUACAGGACUGCUGUAAACUUUGUUAGUUUUGUCAGUUUGCUUCUGAGACUUACUGGUUAGGAUGUGCACAUGUAUAAGUCCUAGCAGGGGUCAGAGGCAUCAGAGAUGCCAGAUUCAACCAUCCUACAAAGUAAAGCUGUGCCUUGUUUGACUUCUUUAUCAAUCAGUGAUUGUAGCUAGGGAAGGCGUUGUCGUAGUGUAAGGUGUAUAUGCAAAAAAAGAAAAGCAAAGCCAAACUUCAGCUUCUGCCUCUUACAGAGCUGUUCUAUUUCCUGGUGAGUCUGUUUUUGUAUCAUUUCCAUGUUUUUAAAAUGCUAUAAAUUAAGCUUUGACUCUGGAAGUUUUUAUUCCAGAUAUAUCAAAAUGCUGCAACGUGACGAGCAACCCCUUAGACUCACCUGGUAAUAGGGAGUUACAGAAGGAAAAAUGUGUUCAGUGUGCAAUAUGUGAUGUUUACAAAUGUGCCUACGUUUUAUCCGUCGAAGCUAGAUGUUUUCUGUCAUCUAGAAUUUGUUUAAAUCUCGGUACUCUUGAUUUUUUGUAUCAAGCACAAGAAGCAUUAACUGACAAUAUCAUGUAUAAUUCAAAGAUCCCCCUUUUAUUUGUCUACAAAACGCAUUAAUAAACAGAUCUUCUCUCUUUA